AUGUCAGCCUUACCAGAAGAUAUCAAUACCACACUAAUUAGCAUUUUACAAGGCUUUGCUUCUCCAGAUAAUACCAUCCGUGCACAGGCAGAACUUGCUUUGCAAAAUACAUGGAUCACACCAGAAAAUAUUGAGGUUUUAUUAAUUUUUUUAUCAGAACAAGCAUCUUUUUCAUCAGAUGCUACCACCAGUGCAUUAUCUGCUGUUUUAUUUAGAAAAUUAGCCCUAAGAGCACCUCCUUCUUCUAAAACAGUUAUUAUUGCCAAAAACAUCACGAGUAUUAGUAAUGCUGCUUUGCAACAAAUAAGGGCUACUUUAUUGAAAGGUUUUUUCACUCAACAAAAUGUAUCCAUUAGGCAUAAAUUAUCAGAUGCCAUUGCAGUUUGUGCUUUGGAUGAUAUGGAUAAAUGGACACAAUUAUUGGAAUGUGUAUUCCAAGCUAUGAAAUCAGAUGAUCCAACUUACAGAGAAUCGAGUUUUAGAAUUCUAACAACCGUCCCGUACUUAAUAAACAAUGUGGAUAGUAACCUAGUUCUAUCUGUAUUUGAAGCAGGGUUUACUGAUGCUAAUGAUGAUGUAAAAGUGUCUGCUGUUUCUGCAUUUGUGGGUUAUUUUAGACAGUUGCCCAAAUCGAAUUGGGCAAAAUUGGGUGUUCUAUUGCCUAGUUUACUGAAUAGCUUGCCUAAAUUUUUAGAAGAUGCAAAAGAUUACGCAUUGUCUGCUGCUUUUGAACCAUUAAUCGAAUUGAUAGAAUUGGCUCCCAAAUUGUUUAAAGACAUGUUUAAUCAAAUUAUUCAAUUCGUUGAUAUAGUGAUUAAAACAAAAGAUUUGGAUGCUUCCACAAGAACCAGCGCACUAGAACUUUUAACUGUUUUCAGUGAAAAUGCCCCCCAAAUGUGUAAAAGUAAUCCCAACUAUGGUAAUACCGUUGUUAUGGACACGUUGAUGAUGAUGACAGAAGUCUCUGAAGAUGACGACAAUGCUAUUGAAUGGCAAAAUUCAGAUGAUACCGAUGACAACGAAGAAGAAGUAACUUAUGAUCACGCUCGUCAAGCUUUGGAUAGAGUCGCCUUAAAAUUAAACGGCAAGUAUUUGGCGCCAUUUUUAUUUCAAUAUUUAGAACCAAUGAUGCAAUCAAGUGAAUGGAGGGAAAGAUUUGCUGCAUUGAUGGCUUUAUCGUCUGCAGCCGAAGGUUGUCGUGAUGUUUUAAUUAGCAAGAUUGGUAAAAUAUUAGAUAUGGUUAUCCCUCUUGUUAACGAUCCUCACCCUAGGGUUCAGUAUGGAGCAUGUAAUGCAUUGGGUCAAAUUUCUACUGAUUUUGCACCAUUGAUUCAAAGGGUUUCCCAUGAGCGUAUUGUUCCAGCUUUAAUUAGUAGAUUGAGCAACGACUGUUGUUCUCGUGUUCAAACACAUGGGGCAGCAGCUUUGGUUAAUUUUUCGGAGGAAGCUUCACAGAGCAUUUUAGAACCUUAUUUGGACAGUUUAUUGUCUAAUUUGUUAACCCUGUUGCAAAGUGACAAAACCUAUGUACAGGAGCAAGCUUUGACUACUAUAGCAUUUAUUGCAGAGGCAGCCGAGAAAAAGUUUAUUAAAUAUUAUGAUACGCUAAUGCCACAGCUAAUACAUGUUUUAAAAACUGACACUGGCGACGAAAAUAGGGUAUUAAAGGGGAAGUGUAUGGAAUGUUCGACAUUAAUCGCUUUGGCGGUAGGAAGAGAAAAAUUCGGUGCCUAUUCACAGGAAUUGUUGGAAUGUUUUGUUCACUACCAAAAGCAGGAUAUUAAGGAUGACGAUCCAAUAAAAUCUUAUUUAGAAUAUGGUUGGAGUAGAAUUUGCAGAAUUAUGCGUGAAGAGUUUGUUCCAUUUUUACCACUUGUUUUACCACCAUUAUUACUGACGGCCAAGGCAACACAAGAUGUUAGUCUAAUUGAGGAAGAGGAAGCGGAAAGUUUUCAACAGUAUAACGAAUGGGACGUUGUUCAAAUUCAAGGUAAACAUAUAGCUAUACACACAUCUAUUUUAGACGACAAAGUAACUGCUAUGGAUUUGAUUAAUGUUUAUGCAAGCAUUUUGAAAUCUUCGUUUGUGUAUUAUGCUAAUGAAAUUUUAUUGGAAAUCGCUAUUCCUUCCAUUGAUUUCUACUUGCAUGAUGGUGUUAGGGCUACUGGUGCUAAGUUGAUCUCCGUUUUAUUAGGCUGUUUAAUAUCUGCAAAUGGCGUUGACGACAAAGUCUUUGCGCUAUGGAAACUUGCUUGUGACAAGUUAUUGGUGGGUAUGAACUCCGAGCCAAUGCCUGAAAUACUUCAAAUAUAUCACAAAGUGUUUGUGGAUUGUUUAGAUAUCACGGAAGUUGAUUGUUUAUCUGAGGAACAAGUGGGAGAAUAUACAAAGGCUACAUUUGUUAAUUUAACCGAUGUUUAUACAAGAGUCAAAACACGCCAUGGCGAAGAUGAUGAGUACAAUGAAGAUGUUGAUGAUGAAGCAGAUGAUUACACAGACGAGGAUUUAUUGGAUGAAAUCAACAAAUCUUUAGCAUCGAUUUUUAAGUUGAAGACUACUGCAUUCUUGCCACACUUUGAAAGUCUAUGGAAUUUAAUAACCACUUCCUAUUUGCAACAAGACUCUGAAAUUAUAUUGUCUUUGUUUGCGUUGGUUGCAAUUGCUGAUAUGGUUCAAUAUUGCGGUGAAAGCACUGCGCCAUUGAAGGUCAGCUUUGGUUCCAAAGUUCAGGAAUAUUUAACUUCUCCGGAGCCAUCUAUUCGCCAAGCUGCAGCUUAUGUGGUGGGGAGCUGUGCCAUUUAUGCUCCUCAGUCAUAUUCUGAUUUGUGUAACAGUAGUUUGCCAAUAUUAGUUAAAGUUAUUGUUAUCCCCGAUGCUAGAUCAGAUGAAAAUAUCACCUCCACUGAGAAUGCUAAUGCAGCCAUAGCUAAGAUCUUGCAUACAUUUGGGCCAAGUAUACCCCAGUUUAACGAUUACGUAUCUUUGUGGUUAAAAUCUUUUCCUGUUAUUCAAGAUGAGGAGGCCGCUAAUUACAGUUAUAAAUUUUUAGGUGAACUAAUAAAUAGUAAUAAUCCAGCAGUUCAAGGUUUAGACAAUAUUUCAAACAUUGUAAAAUAUGUUGUGGAGGCUUUAUAUCAAAAGUCGUUAUCUUCAAGUGCUUCAGAAUCUAUAAUUGCAUCGACUAAGUCAUUAUUGGACACAGUGCCUCAAGAUCAAGUGAUGUCUUUGUUUGGUAAUUACCCUGAACCUGUAAUGAACGAAAUUAAAAAAUGGUUCUCAUAG